AUGCUAUACUCAAUCAUUGUUGUGUUACUAUCGUUCAAUAGAUAUAUUGAUGCUAACCGACUUAUUGGUACUCAUAUAAUAUUUCGUCAUGGUGAACGAUCACCUAGUUAUCUAUAUCCAACGAAUCCUAAUAGUCCCGAUAUUUGGCGAAAUGGUCUUGGUCAAUUGACUAUUCGUGGACAAUUACAACACAUUUCUCUAGGACAAUAUAUUCGAGAACGUUAUUCAAACUUAAUUAAUUCUACAUAUGUAGCAUCUGAAAUUACGAUUCGAAGUUCAGAUUAUGAUCGAACACUUAUGUCUGCCUAUUCUAAUCUUGUUGGACUUUAUUCUUCAUCAGAAAAUAUUGAAUUACCAGAAGAUUUGACACUAGCAAAUAUGUGGCCGAAAACAUUACCAUGGCAACCCAUUCCUGUGCAUACUGUUCCAAGAUCUUUAGAUCAUUUAAUGGGUAUUAGUACUUGUGAUCGAUAUGAAGAAUUAGUUGAUGAAUUAAGACAAAGUUCAAGAAUUCAAAGUCUUAAUAGAGAAUUUCAAGAUUUAUUUGAUUAUCUUGAAAAACAUGCAAAUCAAUCUAUUGAAGAUAUAUUUAUUGCAUGGGAUAUUGCCGAUACAGUUCUUAUUGAAGAUAUUUAUAAUGUAACUCCUUCAUGGGUUACUCCAUCGAUUUUACAACAACUUCGUCAAUUAGAAGAUCUAUGUUUUUAUCAUCUUUUUUAUUCAUCAGAAAUUAAUCGAUUACGUGGUGGACCAUUACUACGUGAUAUUCUACAAAAUAUUGAAAAUUUAAUAACAAAUAAUGUAAACGGACGAAAAGCUAAAAUUUAUUCUGGUCAUGAUACAUCAAUAGCUCCUAUUCUUGCUUUUCUUGGUGUUAAUUAUGUUCAUCAACCACCAUUUGCUAGUGCAUUAUUUUUUGAUCUUUAUCAACAAGAUGAUCAAUCAUAUGCUAUUCAACUUCAAUAUUUAAAUAUGACAAAUGGUCGAAAUGCACAUAUUAUUCGAUUACCAGGAUGUUCAAAUGCAAUGUGUCCGUUAGAUACAUUUAUUCGAUUGUAUGAAAGUAAAUUACCGAAUGAUAUGAAUAAAGAAUGUCAAUCAUAUAGAAUCAAACGUAAAAAUGAAUAA